GGAAGACAUAAGGUGAGGUCGGAAUGAGUUGCCGAAUGUGAGACAUUCCUCCGCUUGGCUGCUUACUCCUCAAUGUUGCCAAACUUGAGCCUCAACGUUCCAUCGCGGCAAAUUCGUGGGGUAGAGACGAACGUCGUUCGAUCUUUCGGCUUUCAUUCGUGAGCUUCAACUCUCUGACGGCGCCGAUUCUUCAAGCUCAUCAGUUAUUCAUUUGUUAACACGUUUGGGUUUUGUCACUGCGGUUGGUCGAUAUCUCGUGAACCACUUCGAGGACUCGGGCUUUAAUCCUCCUGUCUAGUCAAUUCCUCCGAGUAUCAAUAUCCCUCCCUAGUCUAACUACCAAUCUCGACCUAAUUGCCCAAACAACCACAAUGGCAAAUACCUUCCCACCCUCCUGGACCCUCACCCCCUCCGCCCGCCUCGAAAUCUUCACCACCCAAAUCCUCCCCGCCGAACAACCCUACAUACCCGUCUCCCCUCCCUCCCCCCCUUCCCCAUCCACGUCCACGUCCACAACAGAAGCCACCACCACCACCACAACAACCACAACCACCCGACGCCGCCCCCUCGCCAUCCUAAUAGUCGGCCAAACCGGCGCCGGCAAGACCCGUCUCGCCCCGGCCCUCCUCAGCGCCAUGACCGCCUCCCACCCCUCCCACCGUCCCCCGGCCCACUUCAUAGCCGACACCUACAAGACCUACCACCCCCACUAUCUUGCCUGCCUCUCCCAGUUCCCCCCGGCUCAAGCCUCCGUCUUGGCGGGACUAGACGCCCGCUUAUGGCUGCAAAUGGCGUGCGAACACGCCGUCCAGCACCGGAUUGAUGUCUUGGUUGAGUCAGCGUGUCGACACCCGGAUGAUUUUUGCAGGCUUGCUGAGAUUUUUCAUAGGGGGGGUUAUGUAGCGAAGGUGGCAGUUUUGGCGGUGCCGGAGGGGCUGAGUCGGUUGGGGUGUUUGGUUAGGUAUUGGAAACGGCUGCCGGAGGCUGGGUCAAGGGGAUUACCCGUGAGGCUGACGCCGAGGAGGGUGCAUGAUGAGAGUUAUGAGGGGUUGAGGGAGGCGGCGAGGUGGGUGGAUGAGGGGGGGAUUGUGGAUGGGUGUGUGGUUGUUAGGAGGGGGGAGGGGGUGGCGUAUUGGAAUGAGAGGGUUGAACUUGAUGGAGAGAGGAAAUGGGCGAGGGAACCGGGGGCUUUGAAGGCGUUGGAGAUUGAGAGGGCUAGGAAGCUGUCGGAGGAGGAGAGGAGGAUUUUGGAGGAGGAUUUGGAGGUUUUGAGGAAGUUGGGGGAUCCGAAGGUGGAUCAAGAGCUUGAGGCGAUUCAGACGUUGGUGGAUGGGAUUGGAGUUGGGUUUACUGGGACCUUUCCGGAGUUGGAGCCUUUGGAUGCGGAUGAGUUUGUUAGAGGUAGGAGCGCUUUGGGGUGGUGAUGAUGCGUACGGCAGAGCGAAAUCAUCGGUGAGUAUGACUUCCUUGUCGCAAGGCUCCCAUCACAACUGAGCGCUGAAAAUGUCGUCCUCAGCACCGGUUAUUGAUCUUCACCUCUAGAC